AUGCAUGUGGACAGUCGCAAGCGUUCAUGCCUGAUAUACCUUGGAGCCAGUUGGGUUCUUGGGGUUGUUUUGUGUACCCACUUCGUGCACUCUUGUUUGUUUUCACAGACAAAUGCAGGAAAUGAACCAGACAUGGAAGAUGAACAAGUUUGCUGUGAAGCACUGGAGGUGAUGACCCUGUGCUUUGCUUUGAUUCCAACGGCACUGGAUGCACUCAGUAAAGAGAAGGCGUGGCAGACAUUUAUUAUUGAUUUACUAUUGCACUGUCACAGCAAAACUGUUCGUCAGAUGGCACAGGAGCAAUUCUUUUUAAUGGCUACCAGGUGUUGCAUGGGACAGAGACCUCUCCUUUUCUUCAUUACCCUGCUGUUUACUGUUCUAGGGAGCACUGCAAGAGAGAGAGCUAAGCAUUCUGGAGACUACUUCACACUCUUAAGACAUCUUCUUAACUAUGCUUACAACAGUAAUAUUAAUGUACCCAAUGCUGAAGUUCUUCUCAAUAAUGAAAUUGACUGGCUUAAGAGAAUCAGGGAUGAAGUAAAAAGAACGGGAGAAACAGGUGUUGAAGAAACAAUCUUAGAGGGUCACCUUGGAGUAACAAAAGAAUUGUUAGCAUUUCAGACACCUGAGAAGAAAUACCAUAUUGGUUGUGAAAAAGGAGGUGCUAAUCUCAUUAAAGAGUUGAUAGAUGAUUUCAUCUUUCCAGCAUCUAAUGUUUAUCUACAGUACAUGAGAAAUGGAGAAUUGCCUGCUGAGCAGGCCAUACCAGUCUGUAGUUCACCAGCUACCAUUAAUGCUGGCUUUGAGCUCCUCGUUGCACUAGCAGUUGGAUGUGUGCGAAAUCUCAAGCAGAUAGUAGACACGUUGACUGAAAUGUAUUACAUAGGUACAGCAAUCACUACUUGUGAAGCGCUCACAGAAUGGGAGUAUCUGCCACCAGUUGGGCCUCGACCGCCAAAGGGAUUUGUGGGACUGAAAAAUGCUGGUGCCACUUGUUACAUGAAUUCUGUCAUUCAGCAGCUGUACAUGAUUCCAGCCAUUAGGAAUGGGAUUCUUGCAAUUGAAGGCACAGGCAGUGAUGUAGAUGAUGACAUGUCUGGGGAUGAAAAGCAGGACAAUGAGAGCAAUGUUGACCCACGAGAUGAUGUGUUUGGUUAUCCACAUCAGUAUGAAGAUAAACCAGCACUGAGCAAAACUGAAGAUAGAAAGGAGUAUAAUAUUGGAGUUUUGAGGCAUCUUCAAGUAAUUUUUGGCCAUUUAGCAGCUUCCAGGCUACAGUACUAUGUACCGAGAGGGUUUUGGAAACAGUUUAGACUCUGGGGUGAACCUGUAAAUCUACGUGAACAACAUGAUGCUUUAGAAUUUUUUAAUUCUUUGGUGGACAGUUUAGAUGAAGCUUUAAAAGCUUUGGGCCAUCCAGCAAUGUUAAGUAAAGUUUUAGGAGGGUCCUUUGCUGAUCAGAAGAUUUGUCAAGGAUGCCCACAUAGGUACGAGUGUGAGGAAUCCUUCACAACUCUGAAUGUAGAUAUAAGGAAUCACCAAAACCUUCUUGAUUCUUUGGAACAGUACGUCAAAGGAGAUUUAUUGGAAGGUGCAAAUGCAUAUCAUUGUGAAAAAUGCAACAAAAAGGUGGAUACAGUGAAACGCUUGUUGAUUAAGAAGUUGCCUCCAGUUCUUGCAAUCCAGUUGAAACGAUUUGAUUAUGACUGGGAAAGGGAAUGUGCAAUCAAAUUCAAUGAUUAUUUUGAAUUUCCACGAGAACUGGACAUGGAGCCUUACACAGUGGCAGGUGUAGCAAAAUUGGAAGGGGAUGACGUGAAUCCUGAAAAUCAGAUAAUACAAAAUGAGCAGUCGGAAAACGAACACUCUGGGAGCACAAAAUACAGACUCGUGGGUGUACUUGUGCACAGCGGCCAGGCCAGCGGCGGACAUUACUACUCUUACAUUAUCCAGAGGAAUGGUGGAGAUGGUGAGAAGAACCGGUGGUACAAAUUUGAUGAUGGAGAUGUGACAGAGUGUAAAAUGGAUGACGAUGAAGAGAUGAAAAAUCAGUGUUUUGGGGGAGAGUACAUGGGCGAGGUGUUCGAUCACAUGAUGAAGCGAAUGUCCUACAGGCGCCAGAAGAGGUGGUGGAAUGCUUACAUUCUUUUUUAUGAACGCAUGGACACGAUAGACAAAGACAAUGAACUAAUAAAAUAUAUUUCAGAAAUUACUAUCACCACUAAACCCCACCAGAUUAAAAUGCCCUCAGCCAUCGAGCGAAGCGUGCGGAAGCAGAACGUGCAGUUCAUGCACAAUCGGAUGCAGUACAGCCUGGAAUAUUUCCAGUUCAUAAAGAAGUUGCUUACUUGUAAUAGUGUCUACCUAAACCCUCCUCCAGGACAAGAUCAUCUGUUGCCUGAAGCAGAAGAAAUAACUAUGAUUAGUAUUCAGCUUGCUGCUAGAUUUCUCUUCACCACAGGAUUUCAUACAAAGAAAAUAGUCCGUGGGCCUGCUAGUGAUUGGUAUGAUGCCCUGUGCAUCCUGCUCCGUCACAGCAAGAAUGUACGCUUUUGGUUUGCACACAACGUCCUUUUUAAUGUUUCAAACCGCUUCUCUGAGUAUCUCCUGGAAUGCCCCAGUGCAGAAGUGAGGGGUGCAUUUGCAAAACUUAUAGUAUUUAUUGCACAUUUUUCAUUGCAAGACGGACCAUGUCAAUCACCUUUUGCCUCUCCUGGACCUUCCAGUCAGGCUUACGAUAACUUAAGUUUGAGUGAUCACUUACUGAGGGCGGUACUGAAUCUUCUAAGAAGGGAAGUAUCUGAACACGGGCGCCACUUGCAGCAGUAUUUCAAUCUGUUUGUGAUGUAUGCCAAUCUAGGUGUAGCAGAGAAGACACAACUUCUGAAACUAAAUGUUCCUGCAACCUUCAUGCUUGUGGCUCUGGAUGAAGGUCCAGGCCCGCCAAUUAAAUACCAGUAUGCUGAGCUGGGGAAGCUGUACACCGUGGUGUCACAGCUGAUCCGCUGUUGCAACGUCUCGUCGCGGAUGCAGUCUUCUAUCAAUGGUAAUCCCCCACUUGCCAACCCUUAUGGUGAUCCUAAUUUAUCUCAACCUAUAAUGGCACUUCAGCAGAACGUAGCAGACAUUCUGUUUGUGAGAACUAGUUAUGUAAAGAAAAUUAUUGAAGAUUGCAGCAACUCUGAAGAGACCAUCAAGUUGCUUCGUUUCUGCUGUUGGGAGAAUCCUCAGUUCUCUUCCACAGUCCUCAGUGAACUGCUUUGGCAGGUUGCAUAUUCAUAUACAUACGAGCUUCGACCUUAUUUGGAUCUGCUUCUGCAAAUCCUGUUAAUUGAGGACUCUUGGCAAACUCACAGGAUUCACAAUGCACUUAAGGGAAUCCCAGAUGACAGGGAUGGACUCUUUGACACCAUUCAGCGCUCGAAGAAUCAUUAUCAGAAAAGAGCUUACCAGUGUAUAAAGUGCAUGGUAGCUCUCUUUGGCAACUGCCCUGUAGCUUACCAGAUCCUUCAGAGCAAUGGAGAUUUGAAGAGAAAAUGGACCUGGGCAGUGGAAUGGCUUGGAGAUGAGCUGGAGCGCAGACCUUACACGGGCAAUCCCCAAUACACCUACAAUAAUUGGUCUCCACCAAUACAGAGCAAUGAAACAUCAAAUGGCUACUUCCUAGAGAGGUCACACAGUGCUAGAAUGACUCUUGCAAAGGCUUGUGAACUCUGUCCAGAGGAGAUGGGAGGACAGAGCACAGAUGUAAAUAAACAAGAUGUAUCUGUCCUGCUAGCUGAUGUUUACACAGAUCAGCAAGUCACAGUGUUGGCUCUUACUCCACAGCACACACAGCACACACAGGGUGUGAUAAUCCCAGUGCCAGGCUGUGGAGUAGCUUCUGUGGGGGCACAGGCACGGUGA